AUGCCCGCUCGUCCCGAGAUCCCCAAGUGCUCAGUCGCUUGCAACUAUUGCCGCUUGAAGAAGGCCAAAUGCACGGGAAGUCGGCCGUGCACAAAUUGUGUAUCCCAUAGAGAGCAAUGUGUCUUUCCCGACAAGUCUUCCAGGAGGAAAACCAGUCACAGCCAGACCUUUCUGGAGCGACGGAUUGCAUCUCUGGAGCAACUACUUUGGCAGCACGAAGCUCCGACAAGAUCAACGCCUGCUCCAUCUGCUCCCGGACCGUAUGUCGAUGAGGCUUUGGAACGGCAACCGAGUCCCAUAUCUAUCCAACCGUCGGCGAGGUCAGAGUCAUCGUCUAAAUCCCCUUCCACAUGCCGUUCAUUCGCCCCACCGGAUAGCUCUGACAAUACUUCGCCUGGAGUGCCGACCUGGGUAUCCAACUCAGCGGAUGUGGCUCCGUCUAUCUUUGACAUUCGUGAUCUUGCAGCCUCAGAAGUCAAUCUAUCGCUGGCCGACCCGGUCUUGAACUUGGACAAUGAACCCAACAACGGUUCAACGUCAGCGAUAGCUCCCACUUCCUGCGAAAAUCUGCGGCAGGUGCCGUCGCCCACGCGACAGGACGCUGGCGAGAACACAGCCACAAGCGAGUCGAGUCUUGUCGCGGAAAAUGCUGGCGAACUGCGUGAUGGGACUCCCCCAUCCCCUAUGCAGGAGGGCGACAUCCAGGAGCAUAUUGGUACGAUUACUGACAGGGAUUCCUUUGGCAAAGUAGACAUUGACAACGUGGUGACAGGCAAAGCCUCUUUCCUGACCAUCUGCUCUCCACACGGAGUCGAGUGGAUUUGCCAGCAGCUGGGUAACUCGGACUUUCACCAUAGCGCAAGCCGGCUGACCGUCACCAUAACGCGAUCGUUAAAGAUGACGAAGCCGCUCUCGGUCGAACGGCAACCCGAUCCAGACUACGAGACAGCUUUGCUGUGGGCUACAGGUCAGUUCUGUGACUGUCUCACUACUCAAAAUCUGUCGCUGACCCGGUAUCGUCUCUUAGCCUUCUUUGAAGACAGCAUCGAGCACACUCUGGGACUCGUGCCUCGCCAGGCGUUCGAGCGUAGACUUCAGCAGCAUUAUUCGCACCCUCUGCCUGCUGAUAGUGACCCGCCAUGGUACAGCCUCCGAAACACCGUGUUUGCGAGACAAUCUUGGUUGUACUUUGAGAAUGCUUUGGCUGUCCUCACCAAUCUACUCUACAUGCCGUCAGACAUUACUGCUGUUGAGUGUACCUUGCUCAUGGCGUUGUACUGCGAGGCUAUCUCGGCGCCUUCUCUGGAAUAUAUGUUGCUGUCCACGGCAGUCCGGUUGGCCUACUCCAAACGUCUUCAUCUACAACCCCCCUCCUCCUGUAUCCUAUCCGAAUCCGAAAAGGUGACGCGAAAUUGGUUGCUAUGGGUAUUGUACAUGUACGACAAGCACGUUGCCUGUAGGUCUGGUCGACCCUCGAUGAUUCGCGACGACGAUAUCAACGUUGCUUUACCUACCAAAGCCCGAGAAGACACCUCCACAGACCUGGGCCUGUUACUUGCUUCCGUCCGCCAUGCCCAGAUCUCCUACGCCAUCGAGAGAGAGUGUUACGGGACGAAGUUCGGGCUCCGGUCGAUUGAGGAGAUCUGCAAGACCAUCGAGAGACUAGACGCUGAGUUGCGAUCCUGGUAUGCAGACCUGGGACAAGAAUAUCUCCUCUACACGCCCAAGCGACCCAAGGUCCUGCACCCUCGGAUUAGCCACAUCCACUUCCUGUUCCUCCAGCACUGUUUUCACGGAUCCAUGUGUGUGCUGCAUUCCGCCAUCACACAGCCUUGGAGAAGCAAUCAACUGCAGCAGAGCCAGCGGCCCGAGCACGUCAAGCAAAUCCAGGAAAGCUGUAAAACCAUCGCAGAGUCAUCUCGGGUCAUCGUCCUCAAUUCUCAAAAGUUCCCUAUCGACGCCACCACCCCUUCUUGGUUGGUUUUCUAUUUCCCGAUCCUCGCAACCAUGAAUCUGUUCCUUAACACGGUGCGCUCGCCCAACAAUCCCUCCGCGCAGUCCGACAUUACCUUGAUCGACAUCGUUGCCGGGACGUUCGCCAGGCUCGACUAUGCCAGUAGCGGGCACUUGAGCAUAAGUUUUCCUCGAGAGGUUGCUGACUAUGCUCGCACUCUGGUUUCCAAGUCCCGCGAACAGCAUCGAGAGCCAGACUCGCGCCAGUGGACCUCGGAUCUUGACCAAUUGUUCAACCUCGACGCUGAUAUGGCGGACCCUCGCGCCUGGGAGAAGUACUUCGUCCCUUACCUGACUUCUCGAAAAAUGGGCUACAAUACAGAAAAGACGGAAUGGCCGACAUUCGAGAUCAACAAGGCCGUCAAGGAGCUCAUCGACCAGUUCUUCUGGCAGCUAGACCAGCAGGACCCCAAGGUUGGAGACAUUCUGGCGGACGACAUCUUUGCAAAGACCGGACAGGCAGAGUUUGGAGGACACUUGUACUCUGGACCCGAAGGCAAGUUCGCUCUGCCCCCCCUGCUUCUUUCCUCACAGAUUCGCAAGUCCAGAGAAAACGCGUGGAAAGUGAUAUCCAGCCGCCGCCACGAAGUCUUGAAGGUCUUCUCUGCCGACCUCGACGGCAGCGACCUCCUCUUCAUCGGCCAUGUGGCAAUGGGCCUCCGCAACGGCAAAAGCGUGGCCGGAGAGUUUACCGGGAGGCUUCGCGUCGAGAAUCCGACGUCGUCGCAGCCAAAGCUCCUUCUUUACCAAAUUUGGGCGGACUCUGCACCGCUGGUCAAGGCACUGCAAGGAAACUGA